AUGGCUGAUUCACGAUUGACUCGCGUCAGCGGGACCCUGACCUCCCUUUUCGAGAGCCUUGUGCCACCUUCCGACCUCGACCAAGACGAUACCGAUACCGAAGUCCGCAUUGACCGAGCCAUCCAGAAUGCAAAAGACAUUGUCUACCACGGCGACAGCCGGCUGCCAGCAGAUACGAAUCAAGCCCAAGACUUGAUCAAAAGAAAACUACUACGAGAGAAUGCAUCCCCGGAAAAAGCGGCCAGGUUCGGGAAUCUCUACUCACGCCUUCUUGCAAUUCCCAUCCUCAAUCAGAAAUGGGCGAUCCUCUACCUACUCUACAAACUGUCGGAGCCGGCCACCACAGAACCGCAUCCUCGCAACCCGUUGGCAGAUUCAGACCAAUUCGUGAACAUCCCGCGCCGGCAGGCCCACUCUCCAGAGAAGUCGCUUGCUUCUGAAGAUCAAGAGGAGGUCAGCGCAUACCCUCCCCAGGCUCCGCUGCAUCGAGGUCGCGCCUUUCCAUCCAAACUGAGACAUGAACAUAAUGACCAGGAUGGGGUCUCGCAAGAAGAGGACGAGGACAUUCGAGAAGCUGUCGAGCCCCCAGAGCAAGUCGCUGAGAAGCCGCUCCUAGCAAAGCAACAGCCACGAGUCACUGGUCCAUCUGAGUUGGAUUUGCUGCGAGAUCUUCCAUUCAAUCUGCAGGGUGUAUCUUCCGCACAUCUCGAGUUCACCGCUACCACCACCGUCAAACUUCCCCCGACACUGCCGGUGCCUAUGCUGUCCCUGCUCCAUGCCCUGGCAGAACCCUGCUUGCUCUAUCGAGGUCUGGCGGAGUAUGCUGCAGCUCAAGAUGGCGGGCUUAUCGAUCAAAGUCUACGUUCGGCCAUCAAUGACGAGUUGCGCUCGUAUCUGACUCUGGUCGCUUCUCUGGAAAGCGAAAUCAGACAGGCAUUGGCCACUAUUGAGGAUAGUCACGAUCUAAAGGCUGCCCGCAUGAUUGGCGUUACCCUGAAACGAUGCUUGGUUUGGACCAGAGAUGCCACAAUGGGCCUCCGACUCAUGAAACUAAUUGUGGAAGACUCUAGACAAAAGCGAGGUGGUCAAAUGAUCUCCCUGAUCCACAGCUUGUCCUCUUCACAUGGCGACCCGUUCGUGGCCUCCUUUGCUGAGAGGCUCCUCUCACGUGUUGCACGCCCUUUCUACGAGAUGCUGAGGCACUGGAUCUACGAUGGCGAGUUGAUCGAUCCUUUCCACGAAUUCUUCAUCAUCGAACCAGAUCCCAGUUCUCAACCGGCCAUAGACCACCGACAUGUGGCGACGUCCGUCUGGGAGGAGAAAUAUAAGGUUGACUCCAGUUUGGUCCCUUCCAUCAUCUCCCCCGAGUUUGCGCGCAAGGUCUUCCUCAUUGGAAAGUCACUGAACUUUAUCCGCCAUAAUUGCGGAGAUUCUGACUGGGUCAUCCAGUAUUCCAAGUCGAACUCGAAGCCUUUGGAUUAUGCCAAUACGGCAAGUUUGUCAUUGUCGAUCGAUGUUGCCUACCGGACGACCAUGUCGCGCUUGACUCACCUCAUGUCCACGAAGUUUGGCCUGUUCACGCAUCUAGCGGCCAUCAAGAAGUACAUGCUUCUGGCUCAAGGCGACUUCUUCGAACUUCUUAUCGAGUCUCUCGCCCAACAUCUCGACCGUCCUGUCAAUUCCAUGUAUCGUCACAAUCUAACAUCACAGCUCGAACAUGCCAUCCGGCAUUCCAAUGCCCAGUACGAUGACCCAGAGGUGCUGCGUCGACUGGAUGCCCGUAUGCUUGAGCUUUCCACCGGUGAAAUCGGUUGGGACUGCUUCACCUUGGAAUACAAGAUUAGUGCACCUUGCGAUGUGGUCAUCACACAGUGGGCCAACACUCAAUACCUUAAAAUCUUCAACCUACUUUGGCGCAUCAAGCGGGUUGAAUUUUCUCUCAAUUCGACUUGCAAACGCUGUAUGACAGGGGGCCGUGGUGUUUUGGCUGCAGUCAGUGACAAGUUGGGAAAUGAUUGGAAGCGCUCCAGGUGUGUGGUGGCUGAAAUGGUACAUUUUCUCAAUCAACUGCAAUACUACCUUCUUUUUGAAGUGAUCGAGGCCAGCUGGGAAAAGCUGCAAGAGGCCCUUCACAAGCCCGAGGCUACUCUUGAUGAUCUGAUCGAAGCACACACCACAUAUCUCAACAAUAUCACGAAGAAAGGUCUCAUCGGUCAGCAAAGACAUCCGGUCACGGGCCAGCAGGAAGACAGCCUGGUUGUUCAAGUGCAUCACAUCUUGAAGUGUAUGCUCGGCUACCGUGAAAUCAUCGAUUCACUGUACUCGUACAGCGUUGCCGAAUAUACCAGGAGGCAACAGUUCAGUGCGAAGAUCGAACAGCGGACAGCGCAGGGAAGAUGGGGCAUCACAGAGAGGGAUGUCCUGGGCGAUUCGAGAGCAAGCACACCGACUGCGCCGGGAGGAAGACGACCUUUGAAGGGGGCACAGCUGCUGCCGGAAGAUAGUGACUCUCCUGUUCCACCAAUGGCAAACUUGGCUAUGACGGACGACGAGACUCAUCUCACCUCGCUGCGAUCACGGCAGUUGAAUUUAUCUGCCGAAUUCCGCUCACGGUUGAGCAUGUUGCUGUAUGAUCUGGCGCACCAACCAGAUGUCAAUCUUCGUUUCCUGGGAGUGGUCAUGAACUUCAACGAGUUUUAUCAACCGGUCAAUGUCCGAAGACAACAAGCGAGGCGCGCAAGAGAGAAGCGGGACUUGGAGAGAAGGGCUCGCGAAGCGAACAUGUCUUCCGAAGUGAACAUCUCCGAAAAGGAUCUCAACAGCUCCACCAGUAAGACUUGA